UAGCACUUGUAAGAAGAAGAGAAGAAAAACUAUUGUCCCUGUUGUCAAUGGUGGAUUGAAAAGAAAGUUUACUGUUAACUAUUCAGCGCAAAAUUAAAGAAUCAUUGAUUGUGAACAAUAAAAAACCUUACAAUUAGGCUGGAAUAAUGCCAACUGAAAAGGCUGAAAAUUGUUGAUUUCAUGAUUGCAGAUUUUUACAAUGAAACGAGUGCUUAGAUAGUUUGGCAACAACGAAAGCAAGAUAAAAAUAACGAAACCAAUAACUGAUACACAUUCGAUGUCCGACAAUCUAUUCGGGAUGGCAUCUGCUUAUGAUCAUAACAUCAUUAAUACACUGUGGACUGAAAUAAUGAACGUGCACUGGAAGUUCCUGGAUGCGGAUGAAUCAUUGGAAAAGCUCGAUCUUCGAAAACAAUUGGAAGAACUAAUUUUCCAAUAUUUAUGCAAUAUGCCGCACGAUCGAAAGUUCCUUCUUCCUUCAACGGUUCAUGUACUGAAGAGUUCUAUCAUCAAAUUGGAAGAUUUUUCCGCAUACAAGGCAUCCAUCGGAUUUGAAGCAAUAAGUCAGUAUGCAAACAAUUUAUUCACAAAACCGUGGCGAAAGGAGUACAAGACAAUCAAGAUGUACUCGGGGUUCUAUCGGCAUGAGAUAGCUGCUAAUCUCAUAAACGCUGAAAGAUUGUUCGAAGAAAUGGGAUAUCGGAUUAUGCCCAAUCAAACAUUAAUUCUUGAAGGUCCAAUUUGUCCAGAUAGAGUUACGAAUGUAUCAAGAGACGCCAUCACAGCGAAUGUCGAAUGCCAGAUCAUGAAGGAAAUCUGCCGUGAGUUGACCGAAAUGUCACUAGCGGUCAAUUGGUGUGAUAUUUACAGCUUCCGGGAAUGCAAUACAAUGGAUGUUUUGCAAUCUGUACAACAAAUGGCAGCACUGAUUAAGGAAAAGCACCUAAAGAAUCAACAAGCCCAUCGAAAAGAUACGUACGGUAGUCUGCUAGCGCCAACAGUUAAUUCAUGCAACUCUUGCAGUGUGUAUCAGUUUCAUCCUCCUGUUAUACAGCAGCAACCGAUCCUGCCUCCUUCUCUGAUGGUUAUGCAUCCCCAGCAGCAAACUACGAUACCAUUUUGUACCCAGCCACUUUACAAUGCGACUACAUGCAGCACUCAUAAUCAACAACCUAAUUUUACAUACGGAUUUCAUCAUCAUCAUAGCAGUUACCCUAACUAUUUGCCAACCUCGCCAACCCAAUCACACGUGCACCCAAGUCAAUCAUCCACUAUGCCUCCUCAUCCACCCCCUCCGUUAGGAGCAAUGCCUCAUUCGAAAUCACUCGAUCAUUAUCAGGAACCAUCGACGGGGAUGUACAAUCUGACUGCUUGCAUGCAACGUCAUUCAAUUGACCAACCUCCAUUUGAUUAUGCUGCAAUUUCAUCGGCGUCUCAUUACGGUGGACCGAUGGGAAUGGCCCCACCAGCUGGAAGCUACGAUACCGUUGACAGCUGCAAUAUGAUCUACAACAACCACCCUUACAACGUAUCCGGCAAUCGAUUUCCACUUCCAUACAACUUAUCAACAAACAUGAAUCAAUGCGUGAAUGGAAAAUCGGGUGAUUCAUAUUACCAUCAACCCAGUAUUAGUAAUAGUUUUUCCAAGCAAAUGGUACCGUAUUACCAACAUCACCGAAGCAGCAGCAAUGGACAGUUAUGCAAUCAACAAGUUCAUUCACACAGAUACAUGUCCGACAUCUACAUGAACCACAAUUUCGACCAUAACGCCACUGAAACACAAAAUCCUUCUUCAAUUCUAAGCAAAAAGAAAACUUCUCACGAUGACUACGAUGUUCCGUCAGUUUUUAAAGGUUGUAGUAGUGAAGUCAAACCAAAUCCGAGCGAUCUAAUCUACAUAGAUGCAAAAGAUAAAACAAAGCAGGACCGAAAAAGGUCAGAUCGCGUAAUUAAAGCCAAUAAUGAGUUGCUAGUGGAUUACGAAAGUGACAUGCUACCUGAGGCAUUGGUAGAGAGAAACCAUCAACAUCUCCACCAAUUACAUCACCAAGUUUCUAGGAACUCCAGACAAUCGGAUUUCGAUAGUUAUGAGGACGAACAGCUGCAAGCAGAAGCUUUUCAACGAGAAAACAAUGUACACAGACGCAUAUCAAACAAAAAUCAGGAAGGCAUUGGAUCUUACGAAACCUGGAAUUAUGUAUUCCAGAACUUAGAAAAGCAAGGAUACAAUAAGGAUUUGGGUGAACGAGGAAAUUUUCUCGCCAACGCUGAAGAAGAUGAAUUUCCCUUCGCAACUGAUGGUCACAUUAGUCGAGGAAGUACUCUUAAGCGAUACAGCAACGACAAAUUAAAAGCAAUGAAACCUAAAUCGGCCGAUAAGAUCGAUGGAAUCCGUACGCCAACAGCGACGGUGUCAAGAGAUAGCAAUGCUUUAAGACAUGAUCGAGACAAUGAACGCAACGAACUAGUUGCGCGCACUGUACCAAAAUCGUCGAUACAUAAGUUAUCGAAAUCCACAUGCAAUAAUCAGACAGACAAUAACCAUAAAGCAAAUCACAUUAACACCAACAGUUGCAACCAAAACGGUAAUACAAGCGCCAAUAACAAUAACGCGGCUCCUACAAGUAAACGAAAUUCAGUGGCUCGAAAACUGUCGACGUCUACAAAAGAAUUGGCCUCAACUGUUAAUGCAGCAGCUGCUAGCAAUGGUACCUCAACAAGUGGUGGGAUUUUAUUGAACCACAACAGCAGCUUAAGCCAUCAUCGUGUAUCGUCUGUUGUGGGAAUACCAGGAAAGAAAAAAUCUGCUACAUUCGAUACAAGUGUAGAUACAAUAAUGAGCUCAUUGCAUGACCGGGAUCAAAGUCGAAACAUAAACAAUCCUAGUGUUAGCGAAUGGAAUUGUAAGUUUUGCACAUAUUUGAAUCCUAAUACCAUCCGUAUUUGUGAAAUGUGUUGCAAGAGCCAAGAUUUUGAUGUGAAUAGUAGCGGAUCAACGACUGCGGCGACAAGCAAUGGUACCGCAACCUGCGUUUAACAGAAAAAUAUUGUGAUCAGUUAUAAGUAAGAAGUUCAGAUAAUGUGAAAUCGACAAUGUAACAUGGUUAUCAUUUAAAAGCGACCAUAACUGAUUUGGUCAUCCCUAACUAGUCAGAAACUGGAAGAAUAUAAAAAAAACUUAUUAAAAUAUAUUGAAACUGUUAUACAUUACACUAUUUUUAAGAUUAACCAGGCAGACAAGAAAAAUUUAUGUCUAACAUUUGUAGCAAUUUCUAAACUAUCUAGUAUAAGCUCCUGUUUCCCAGAUUAUAAAAAAUUUUAAUAAAAAUUUUUCUUUGUUUGCUGUUGA